AUGAGGGAAAGGGUGGAAAAAGGGAAGGAAUUGUCAAAAUGCGAGAAAGAGAGGGCACAAUUUUUAAAGGACAGAGGUGUGGAGAUAGAGGAGUGGGAUAGACAAAACAGAGAGGGAGAGAUGGAUAUCGAGGAAUUGGAGAAAAGGGAUAAAACAGAGAACAAUCCAUCGACUAGUUACGUAGAGCCACCUCCGUAUCGGAUAAAUAAUAUAUCGCAGUCAGAAGAAUUGCCCACGAAGAAAAGAAAAGUCGUCUCUGGCGAUACUUCCGACGCCGUGGAGUAUCGAGAUUACUCGGGGAUCAUAGCGGACACACAGCAAGAGAACCAAAUUGUUCCCAGCAGUAGUACGACGCUCGUUGAUUGCGACCACAUCGUCGUCAAGACGCAAAUGAUUCGAGACGGUCAUCUAGAGACAGGCGAGGUCUCCAAAGCCAAUCCGGAUAAAUCGAAGGAUGUAUCGUCGGAGGACAAACAGAAGAAGAAGGUCAUCAGGAAAAAGGAGAAAGACAAAGGUCUGGAGCCUCUUCCGCUGCAGAUGUUUCGAUAUUUGCAGACUAAAAUUACAAAAACUGAUAAAAUGAAUAUCAACCUCUGCAACAUCUGCGAGGAGCGCCGUUGUAACAUCGCCUUUCUAUGCGGGCACUGCGCGUGUAAGGAGUGCGCCGCUCAGCUGAAAACUUGUCACAUGUGCCGCAAGAAGAUUAAAAAAGAAAUCAUUUUAUAUUAUAAUGAGCAGGAGUGAGUAAUAAAGCGAUGAAGAGUUAAUUAUAGAAAAAUUAUGAAUUUAUUAUAAAGAUAA